GGGCUGAAAGGCACAGGCUGGGAGGCUUGCAUGGAGGGAGCUGCAGUCAUCUUAAAGGGAGAUUAUCAUGUCCUGGACGUGUGGCUGGGUGGAAUUUCGAUACUUGACAUCAUGCGUGUCUACGUGCCGCAGAACUCGUGUCACCUACAGUACAUUAACAGGGGAGGAUAUGUGAGCGAACAGAGGCGCUUCGAGCAUCGCACAGGUAACUUCUUCAAUCUCUGGCUACGUUUUAUUUUUAGCGACCACAGGGGAAGGUUAUCAAAAAUGUCUGGAUUCUUUCAAAUGUUGAGAAAGAGGAAAGAAUUAAUUCCUCUGAUCGGAUUCAUGGGGUUCGCAGCGGCAGGUGCCACGACUGCCUCUAUUUAUUUCUUAUUCACGAAAUCAGAUGUCAUAUUAAACAAGACGGAGAAUCCAGAACCAUGGGAGCAGCUCGACCCAUCGAAGCCUCAGAAGCUCAUCACGAUAAACCAGCAGUGGAAGCCAGUGGAGGAGCUUCAGCUCCUGAAGAGUAUGACAAAGUGAAGUCUCUGCCCUAACCCCCCCAUCCCCGACCCAUCCCAUCAAUCUCCCCCGCCCGGGCCGGGCCACGCACCCCUCUAACCCCCUGCCAGUCUAACAGAAUCAUCUCUGCACAGACUCGGGUCUCUCGCAUUCAGUGUGCGGAAAUGCUUCUGUUCCACUGGAGGGGUCUGAUCACCCGCUGGAACUGUCGUGCGUCCUGGACCGAAAGGACGCCCCCAAAAUCAUCCGCCCUUAGAAAGCCCUACUGUUUGCGCCCCUAUGAAACAGAGCUGCACCACGGCGCGAAAUUAACGGAAAGUGCUGGUGAAAGUUUUAAAAAAGCAUUUGAUUCUCUGGAUUGUAUAUAUGAUUGUAAAUAAAGUGUUACUUUUGAAACCCUA